GGAGCAGAUUUUUGAUGCCGAGUGUAACUGGAAAAUGUUGCCUCACUGCAGCUAAAUCUGACUGAUAUUCAGUUAAGUUUUAAGCCAUCGUGCACAAUUUAGGGUUUGUGUGUGAGUUUUCGUGUGAUCAGCUGUUGUCGACUGAGAUCGAAUUCAGAAUGCUUUGGAUGAUUGUUUUGGGAAUAAUGGGGUCAGCAGCCAUUUGUGUGUCCACGGCCUGACUGUGUGUGGCAGAGGGGGGAGGGCUUUGGAGGGCAAAGGGGGCGGAGGGGUUGUAUUUUUAUACACCAUGUGCUCUCCUGCACGCCUGACGGAGAUAAAGCAGAAGGGCUGUCAGAGCACAACUGCUCAAAGACAACACAAAGUGAGGGAGACGCAGAGACAAGAGGAAAUCACUGCCAAAUCUAAAACCGCAGAAGGUCUCAUCGAGAAGACGACAUGGACGAGAGGACUGAAAACUCGUCUGAGAUCAACUUGUUGAAGUUUCAGAAGGUGGCUGCGGAGCUGAUACUGCCAGGAAAAUUCAUCCUCAGGCUCCUGAACGCAGCUCUGGUGUUUGUGACAGACUUACUGGCCAGAGUUUUUGGAAGCAGCCUGGUCAGAAGACACUUCCACCUAAUCCUGUCUGGUUUGGUUCUGUUUGGUCCUCUGCUCAGCUUCUGGGUGUCAAAGUACAGCAUCUUUGCCAACAGCAACCACUACCUGUACAGGAAGUUCCUGAGGUCCACUUGGGGUUGGACAUGCACCUUCUCAGGGUCCUUCGUCCUUCUCCUCUCCAUCUCAGCUCGUCACUCCCUCCCUCUCUCCCUCCGCCACCUUUCUCGGGUCGGGGUCAUGGGGUUGCUCUGGUGGGGCUGUCAGCGCCUCCUGACCCUGCUGGAGAACGCAGCGGGGACUUGUUAUGAACCUGUGACCCCGGCCCAGGAUCUCCAAGGUGCUGCCUCCUCAGUGCAGUCGCUGCUGCUCCUGCACGAAGACCAGACCAAAGCCUCCUGCCUCAAAGCCAACAUGGUGUGGAGAGGUUACGAAGCGUCCCAGGAGGUCCUCAUCCUCUGCUUGUGUUGCCUGCUGCUGGUGGAGGAAAUGUCUGUCUUUGGCCCUCACCUGGCUCACGGCUCGAAGCCUCCGCAGAGGUCGCCUGGCGGGCCCUUGAGGUUCAUCUUCCUCCUCUGCGUGCUUCUGCUCGCUCUUUGGAUGUUCCUGCUGUUGUGUUUGCUUGCAUACUUUCCAAAGUUUCCCUCCCAGCAGCUGGGAGGCGCUCUGGGCUACCUGGGAUGGAGAGGACUCUAUCAGGGCUGGUACAGACUCAGACCGGGCUGGAGCUGCCCCGGGCUGCCAGGGGAGGGACUUUUUACCACCACAGGUGUCGAUGAACAUGCGCAGUAGUUUGAAACCGACAGAAG